CUACUUUCAUUGUACAUCUACCACCUCAACCACCACCAAUGCAGCUUUUGAUCCCACGAAUACAAACAGCAUAAAGUCUCCAAUACAGUCUUCCCUGAGAUUUUCAUCAUUGGACUUCGCGCCCCGUCACACCGUUUUCCUCGAGGCGUAUUUCCAUGGCCGACAUGGAGGGACCUUCGACAACUACUGUUGCCCGCUCGCCGAAGCGUACACACGACCAAAUAGAACCUCUCAUCUCGACUCCCGAAAGAGCCCCUCCAUCCGAGGCACCCUCUACUCCUUUGACUGAUCUGUCCACCGUUCCAAGCCCUUCACCGGCGAAAACGCCGUCCGCAGCAACGCCUGUGCACUCGGCACCAAAUCUUUCUGCCACACAACAACCGGCCAAACGGCGGAAGCUAACCACUCAGGAAAAGGAAGAUCAGAGAUUGGAGAAGGAGGCGAAAGACAAGGCUCGAGCAGAAAAGAAAACACAAAGAGAGGCUGAAGAUAAGGCAAAGGCAGAUAUCAAAGCCCAGAAAGACGAGCAGAAACGACUCAAAGAUGAGGAGAAACGUAAGAAGAAUGAGGAGCGAGAAGAGAAGAAACGUGCCAAAGAGCUUGAACAACAGCAAAAGGAGGAAGAAAAGAGAAAGAAGGAACGGAGCCAAAUGAAGCUGAAUGCUUUCUUUGUCAAACCCAAAUCUGGACUGGAGAAAUCUGUAAGCACUAUGGUAGAUACUGUUCGCUCCACAGAUUCCGAGACAGUAUCGCCUGUGCCAGAUGUUGAGCUGACUGAUGCCAAUACCACUUGUGCUUCUCCACAAAAAUCUAAGUCCGACUACGAACGAACCUUUCUCCCUUUCCAGUUACAUUCUCAUUCGAUACUCGCACCUUAUAACCGAUUCCAGGAGCUCCAACCGAAGGACCGGGAACAAACUCUCUCUGCGCAGAACCGUUUCGCCAACAUGUUUGUCCAGGGAAAAGACCUCUUAGGAAACUCAUCGGUGGAAUCUUUCACUUCUCAGUUUGGGUCACGGCGCAAGCGAGGGCUUCAAACUCCUUCCAUAUCUGAAUUGGUGGACCAAAUCAACGGAUCCCGUGUCCCCUCGGUUGUAGAUCUUACCAAGGAGCGCGACACAUCACCAAAAAAUCCAUUAGACCUACUGAAGCAAAUUCCGAUGAAGUACUUGCACUUUCAAGAAGAUGUUCGACCACCAUACUACGGCACGUUUACUCGAGAUGUAACAGCAGAGGAGGGAGCUCGGUUGUCUAGGAACCCACUCUCGCGCACGCUCAAUGAAAUAGAGUAUGACUAUGACUCAGAAGCAGAGUGGGAGGAGCCUGAAGAGGGCGAGGACCUCGAUUCUGAAGGGGACGAUGAAAUGUCCGAGGAUGGAGACGAUGACAUGGAAGGCUUCCUUGAUGAUGAAGACGAUGCUCAGGUCAAACGCAGGCUGAUCAGUGGUGAUCAGGCUCCCGUUAGUACUGGACUGUGUUGGGAAGAUGUCGAAGGGGUAUCGAGACUCAAUGAUGGGUCUGGUGCUAUUUCCACCGAGUUCAAGGAUUUCAGGAUGGGGUUUCUCUUAGAACCACAACCGACUUCUAUCGAUCCAUUCUCCACGGCAUACUGGGCUCCUGUUCCCAAAGCGGCGCCUGCCACGCAAUCUAUGUUUAGUAAAGACAGCAGCUCUACAAAUGCUGCCAUGCAGCCGCCCCGCAUGCCACUCUCACAACGGCCUAUCAACGGAUUACUGGUUGCGCAUGUCAAUGGAUCGCCCAGCAUCAAUUCAAAACCUGCCAAACCCGCCAAACGCCUCAUACCAACAGAACAACUUGCAGCUUUCAAGGCAGAAGUUGAGGGUAGCGAUUUAACAAAGAUCGCUCUUAUCGAAGCUUUGAAAAAAAAGUUUCCCAAAUUACCCAAGGAUGCUAUCAGUAACACCCUCAGCACAGUAGCCGCCCGUAAGGGACCAAAGGAGGCAGAGAAACGUUGGAUCCUCAUCCAAUAGUAAAACCGCCUUUCGUGCAGUUUUCUAGCCCUGCCAUAAUAGUUGUCAAAUUUUUCUGUUCACUGUGUAUGCUACGCGGUGGGGGAGCGCACAGAGUUUAUUUCCUGUUAUACGUCUGCAUAACUAGCGAUGGUGUACGAGUGGGUUAAAGGCAAAUCGGCGUUUUAUCAUUGCUCCAUCGGUGUCUGCAGCGCUGUCGCUCAAAUCAUCAUUUCAGAGGCGUCGGCGUAACCCUUUCCUUCCUCAACAGAGUCAGACAUAUGGCUCCUUUAUGUUUUUAUGAACACCAUUCCAGCAACGGCCUGGGAUAUCAGAAGAAGAAAUUGAUAGCAUGCUGCUCCGCAAGGGUGGCCUCGUGUAACGAUGCAUAUUCUAUACUUAGACAGGUCAUACACAAACCGAGUUACGAGAUCAUAUAUUAUUGAGGCCAACAUUGAGCCUUGACUCUAGAAGAU